AUGGCUUAUCCUGGAGAUUCUUUCGCAAGAACGAAAACGUUUGAAAAAGAGAUAGCUUCUCUUUUGAACGAACGUGGUAUAGAAGGACUGAACGAAUACGUAAGUAAUGAGUUUGUAAAAUGGAAGGAUAUUGAGAUAAAUAAAGCGGUGACGGGAAAUUCUGGUACAGGAAAAUUUGCGUUUAUAAACGCAAUUCGUGGUUUACACCCAACAGACCAGCAAGAUGCUGCAGAAGAGGUGACUGAGUGUACACAAAGACCAACGCCGUAUUCACAUCCCAGAAAUCCAAGAUUUGUCCUGUGGGAUCUUCGAGGGAUAGGUACCCCUGCUCGGAAGAAAUCUUCGUACGUGGAUGAUAUGCAGUUUAGGAGAUAA